GAGAAUACUUGGAGAACUCAUCCACAUUAUUCACCUUCAGUUUCACCUUCAAUUCCUUGAUCAUGGCUGCGGCAGGCGGUGAAAGAGAGUCAAACAAGCUUCAGCUCUACUCUUUCUGGCUCAGCUCUUGCUCUUGUCGUGUUCAAAUUGCUCUCAAUCUCAAAGGACUGGAUUUCAAUUACAAAGCGGUUGACUUGGUGAACGGUGAACAACUCAGCCCUGAAUUUUUGAAGCUGAAUCCUAUGGGGUAUGUUCCGACCCUUGUUGAUGGAGACAUAGUUAUUUCAGACUCUUUCGCCAUUUUGAUGUAUUUGGAAGAAAAGUAUCCGCAGCAUCCAUUGUUGCCCAAGGAUCUUCAGUUAAAGGCAAUCAAUUUUCAGGCUGCAAAUAUUGUUUCUGCACAUGUACAGCCUCUACAGAAUCCAGCAAUUCUUGACUAUAUUGAAGAAAAAGUUGGUCCUAAUGAGAAAGUUCCAUGGAGUCAGACUCAUGUACGAAAUGGCUUUGCAGCACUAGAGAAGCUGUUGAAAGAUUAUGCUGGGAAGUAUGCCACUGGUGAUGAGAUAUAUCUGGCUGAUCUAUUUCUAGUGCCACAAAUCCAUGCAGCAAUCAACAGAUUGAAUAUGGAUAUGAAUGAAUUCCCCCUUCUAUCUCGUAUAUACAAGGCAUACAAAGAGGUGCCUGCUAUUCAAAAUGCCAUGCCAGAGAAACAGCCUGAUGCACCUGCUGAGGCAAGAUCGAGUCUGAGGUACCUACUAUACUUAUAAUGGGUUGGUGUCCGCACGAGUUUAACUCAGUAAUUUAGUACGCAGUAUUUGGAAGAAGUAUAAUGCACUGGAGCCUGGAUGGAGGGCUUAAAGACAAAGAAUGCUUAGCUUCCACUUCAUACUCUGCAAUUCCCAUUUUAAUUUCCAUCUCCCACAUUAUCAUCAAUAUAUAUGUUCAUGUAAAAGAAUUCUGAUCUGUAGCUCUUGCACUAGACUUGGAAAUUGGAUUUUCAUGUUUAACAACAAAGACACCAGAACGUCAUGCUCCCUUGAGGGCUAGCUAGCUUGAAGUGAGUAUUAUAUUGUU